GCCAGUAGCCAAGUCCAAACAGAAGUACAAAACAGUAUCAUCAUCGAAGUGUUGUAUUCUUUUUUAUGUGUCCGAGGUACUAAAUACUCCGUAAAACCCAUACAGGCACACAACUGCGAGAAGAAGCCGUAGCGAAGAUGGUGAGCAAAACGGAGGAGGAACAAGUUAACAGAUUGGAGAGCCAAGUGGACAACGGAGGCGGCGGCGUCUGGGACUACCUUUCUCUCGUCCGAAAGCUUAGGCUCCGCCGAUCCGAUAAGGUCUUGAAGCAUGGCCUCUCUCUCCUCAAUGAUCGCAAAUCUCGAUCUGCUCUUGGCAGUGAAGAAUGGACCUUACAUGAGCAGGUGGCUGUUGCAGCUAUGGACUGCCAAUGUCUUGAUGUGGCAAAGGACAGCAUUAAGGUUUUGCAGAAAAAGUUUCCAGGAAGCAAACGAGUUGGCAGGCUAGAAGCAAUGUUGCUUGAGGCCAGGGGAUUAUGGGCAGAGGCAGAAACGGCUUACUUGAGCCUGCUGGAGGAAAAUCCAUUUGAUCAGGUUGUACAAAAGCGGAGGGUAGCCAUGGCAAAGGCACAAGGCAAUAUGUCAGGGGCAAUUGAAUUGCUCAACAAGUAUCUUGAAAUAUUCAUGGCAGAUCAUGAUGCUUGGAGAGAACUUGCUGAAAUAUACGUCUCCCUGCAAAUGUAUAAGCAAGCAGCAUUCUGCUAUGAGGAGCUCAUCUUAUCUCAACCAACUGUUCCUCUUUACCACUUGGCCUAUGCUGAUGUGCUCUAUACAUUAGGUGGGCUUGACAAUCUUCAGACGGCCAAGAAAUAUUACACAUCUACCAUAGAUUUAACCGGUGGCAAGAAUACCAGAGCCCUUUUUGGUAUAUGCUUGUGUACGUCUGCCAUUGGGCAGCUGACUAAAGGACGGAAUAAGGAGGAUAAAGAGAAAUCAGAGCUGAACUCUCUGUCCAUAAAGGCCCUGGAGAAGGAUUACAGUCAGAGAGCUUCUGACAAACUUCCUCUUCUUACUUCAACUUUAAGAAGCUUGAAACUCUGAUCAUAUUAUUGAAGCUUUUGAUGGUUUGAUUUGAAGUCCCGUCUGAUGCAGUUUGUGUUUUCACCUGUUGCUUUAGUUACUACAAGCUAACCAUGUGUUUUCCCUUCGAGUUGUGGUUGUGGAAUGAAGUUUUCAGUUUCCUUAGAGAUUUCUUAUUGUUUUAAAAAUGGGAUUUGAUACAUUAUUUAUAGAAUUUUGCAAAGCAAAAUGAGAAGGGAAGAGUUUAGCAGGAGGACAGAAUCAUUUGUCUUGAUGUUUCAGUGAUGUGUUUUUGUUUCUUCACUAGUACAAAGCACAAGAGGUUGCAAA